AUGGCGGGCCGCAGCAGGUUCCUCCUCGCCAUCGCUCUUCUCCUCUCGUCCACGUGUCAAUGCGGCCUCGCCGUUCGACGAGCGCCCGCCCCCAAGUCCACGUCGCUCUAUAUCGUCCGCCUGCGCUCCGCGCUUCCCCUCGCCGCGUAUCGCGGCGGGAUAGCGAGCUUCUCGGGAUGGACGGACGACGGCGACAACAAUGCUGCCGGUCCGUCAGGUCUGCGCGCGACGGCGGCGACGGUAGCGCACGAGGCGGCCACGCUGGCCGGCAGCAUUCCGCGGCGCGCACGGCUAAGCAUGGAGAACCCGCAACUCAAAGCAUACGCGCAGAUGCUCGAGACGCAGCAGAUCCGAAUCGCGUCUGACGUGGGCGUGACGUCAGACCGCAUAGUGUACAACUACAUGCACGCGAGCAACGGGUUCGCAGCGGCCCUCUCUCCUCAACAAGUGCGCCUGCUGCAGCGGCACCCGGCAGUGGCGGCAGUGACGCGCAGCCGCAGAGUGACGCCGCUGACCAUCGACUCGCCCACCUUCCUGGGCAUGCGCGCGCCCGGGUCGCUGUGGCCCGCCAAUGGCGGGCAGGCGAGCGCGGGCAAGGGCAUGGUGGUGGGCGUGGUGGACACAGGCAUAUGGCCCGAACACCCCUCCUUCAGCGACGCCGGCUUCCCCUCCUCCAAACCCGCCGGCUGGUCGGGGAAAUGCGACACCACGAGCGAGUUCAAGUGCAAUAAUAAGAUCAUUGGGGCAAGAGCGUUUUACCAGGGCUUUAAGGAGGACAACGGCGGGCCGGACCUGUCGUCGGGCGAUUGGCUGUCGCCUCGGGAUUCGUACGGCCACGGCACGUGGUGUGCAGGAGCGGCAGCGGGCAACAAGGACGUGCCCAUGGCGGGCGGCAAGGCGAGCGGCAUGGCGCCAGCAGCGCGCCUGGCAAUGUACAAGGUCUUCUGGUACUCCCAGGGCGCCCUCUUCGCCGUUUCCGCCGACAUCGAGGCAGCAGUCAACCAGGCGGUAGCGGACGGUGUGGAUGUGCUCUCGCUGUCGCUGGGCGGUCUAGAUCCAUCGGACACGUACUUCUCCCACAUGCCGUUCCUCGCGGCCAACCUCGCGGGGGUGUUUGUGUCGUAUGCGGCGGGGAAUGAAGGGCCGUACAGCUCUUUCUCGGGCCGCACGGUUGACAACUUCUCGCCUUUCUACCUCACCGUGGGGGCCAGCACCAUAGGCCGAGGCGGUCUAACCCUCAAGGCCACCACAGCUGCAGCAGCAGCAGCUCUCAGCAACGCAUCCUCCUCCUCCUCCUCAGCCACACCAGCAGCCACAGCCUACCCCUCCAUCGCGGAAUUCUCCUCUACAGGACCCCUCGCAGACCCUUCCUUCGAUGUCACAGGCGCUCUCCCCACCAACAGCAUCUUAAAGCCCGACAUUGUCGGCCCGGGAGUGGACCUAUUUGCUGCUUGGCCCGCUAAGAAGGUGGGCAAGCCGGGCAGCUACGCGCAGCUGUCGGGGACGUCGAUGGCGACGCCUCACCUGGCGGGCAUUGCUGCUCUCAUCAUGCAAAAAUAUCCCAAGUGGAGCCCCGCGCAGGUCAUGUCCGCCAUUAUGACCACCGCCAAGACCACUGACACCACCAGUGCCGCUAUCAAGAAUGCUUACGGCGAGGUUGCUACUCCGUGGGAUAUGGGCGCUGGUCAGGUGUUCCCAGCUAAGGUGCUGGAUCCUGGGCUUACGUUCGAUGCUCGGGCAGCUGCGUAUAAAAAUUUCCUAGCCGGGCAGAGUAUGAAGCGAGCGCAGAAGGAGUUUCCGGGCGCUAACCUGACCGCGAUUCCGCCCCGCGAGUUGAACCGGCCGAGCAUCUCAAUCUCGCGGUUGAAAGGGACGCUGACGGCAACGAGGACCGAUGGGAAGGUCACCUUCACGGUGACCUUCAAGGUGACAAAGACUUUUGAGGAUUUCCAGUUUGGAAGCCUAACAUGGGCUGAUGAUCUGCCCAGACUUUGCGCAAUGGCCAACCUUGUCAUCCUCGUGUCGUCACUGCUGCUGCUCGCAGCGCUACCGACACCAACACGAUCCCACGGAUCUGGCGAACCGCAAAUCACGCCGCCCGGGGCAUAUCGCGACGCGGGCGCCAGUAUGUACAUCGUGCGCCUGCGCUCCGCGCCCCCGCUCGCCGCAUACCGCGGCGAAAUCGCCGGCUAUCCCGCCACCGUCGCUACCAGCAGCGGCGACGACCCAGGCGACGGCGAUGGGGAAGGCGACUCAUGGGCGGCGUCGCAGCGGCCCGUUGGCGCGACGGCGGGCUCCGGGAAUUCGCGAAGCGAAGCGGACAGCGGCUCGGGGAAUCUGACGCUCGAGAAUCCGGGCAGUCUGAAGGAGGCUUUGGGGAGUCCCGCGGCUGGGCGGGCGCGGAUGAGCAUGCGCGCUCCCCACGUGCGCGCGUACGCGGAAUUGCUGGCGCGGAUGCAGGCGGAGGUUGCUUCGGAAGUCGGUAUCGCGGCGGAUAAUAUCGCGUACAGCUACAAGCACGUCACCAACGGAUUCGCCGCGCUGCUCUCACCCGCCCAGCUCCGCCGCCUCGCGCGCCACCCCGCCGUCGCCUCCGCGCGCCCCAGCCGCCAACUCCGCCCUGACACCAUCGACUCCCCCACGUUCCUAGGGCUUGAGAAACGCGCAGGCGCAAAAAACCCCGCCAACCGCGGAAGCAGGGGGAUGUGGCGCGCGCUUGGCGGGAAGCGGAGGGCGGGGGAAGGGAUGGUGGUGGGGGUCAUAGACUCAGGGAUUUGGCCGGAGCAUCCGUCGUUUAGCGACAGGAACUUCAGCGCGAGCCGGCCAAACGGAUGGUCAGGAUCGUGCGAUGCCACGUCAGACUUCCGGUGCAACAACAAGAUUAUUGGGGCACGGAUAUUCAACGCUGCAUUCCGGGCGAAGCACGGGAAACCGGAUCUGACUACCGAUUGGCUGUCGCCGCGAGAUGGAUUCGGGCACGGCACCUGGUGUGCGGGCGCAGCAGCAGGAAACAGCGGCGUGCCCAUGGCGGGCGGCAGGGCGAGCGGCAUGGCGCCAGCAGCGCGCCUCGCAGCCUACAAGGUCUUCUGGUACUCCCAAGGCGACCGCCCGGAAUUCCGCGCGCUGGGCGGCGAGUCUGCGGAUCUUCUGGCGGCGGUGAAUCAGGCUGUAGCGGACGGCGUGCAUGUGCUCUCCAUCUCCCUCUCGGCUGAUGACCCCGAGGCCACGUACUUUGAUGACGUGGCUUACAUGAAUGCGAAUCUGGCGGGGGUAACGGUGGUGAUGUCAGCGGGCAACAACGGAGCACCGCUUUCAAACCCUCUAAACACAUACCGCACCAUCACCAACUUCUCGCCCUUCUAUCUUACCGUGGGUGCAAGCUCCAUUACACGAGGAGGCGUAUCCCUCGCCUCCUCUCCUGCAUCAGACGAAGAACGCGGGAGCAGUGAAGCAGAAACUGACAAUCAGCAGCAAGCGGAAACACACCAGAACACUGCAGCAGCCAUGGCCACAGUAGGGGCCAAUUCAACAGGCACCACAACCAGCAGCAGCAGCACCACCACCACCACCACUGAAUCACCACCGCAACCUGCUUCAUCCAUCACAGCAACAACUUCAUCUGUCACUACCGUUGGACCAGUUGCCCCAGCUGCCCCAGUCGUGGCUGCAUUCUCCUCCUCAGGCCCUCUCCACCGCCCCUGGUCCCGCCCUCCCCCAGGCCACGCCACCAACAGCCUCUUAAAGCCCGACGUCAUCGGCCCAGGGGUCGACCUCUGGGCGGCGUGGGUGGGCACGGUCCCGGGGGAGGCCGGGGGGAGGGGCGGGCGAGGGGGGGAGGCGUCUCAGCUGUCGGGGACGUCGAUGGCGACGCCUCACCUGGCGGGCAUUGCUGCUCUCAUCAUGCAGAAGCACCCCUCGUGGAGCCCCGCGCAGGUCAUGUCCGCCAUUAUGACCACCGCCAUAACUACGAAUACCAAGGGGAGGCGCAUUUUGAAUGAGCGCGGUGGUGUUGCUACCCCUUGGGAAAUGGGAUCCGGGCAUGUGUUUCCCAAGAGGGCUUUAAACCCUGGGCUGACGUAUGAUGCCCGGAGAUGGGCUUAUGUGAAUUUUCUCGCUGGGCAGGAUUAUCGGGCAGCAAAGAGGGAGUUCCCGGGGACGAAGAUCUACCGGAAGAAGCCGUGGAAUUUGAACCGGCCAACGAUUUCGGUGGCGAGGUUGAAGGGGGCGGUGGAGGUGUUUAGAACGGUGGCUGCUGCCGCUCUCUCCUUCAGCACCGCAGUGAAGGGCGAAGCACUCUCUACCAACCAUGUAGUAGCUGCCGCCUGGAUCGCCCCACGCGGGCUGGGCGUCUCCGCCCUCCUAAACACCAGCAGGUCCGCCACUCCCUCUAAGAACGUCCCCGUUAAGAAGCAGCUCCGAACAGAGGACGGAAUCUUCGGCACAUCGGGCGGGUUCGGCUUCACGAAGGCCAACGAGCUCUUCGUGGGGCGCGUAGCGAUGCUCGGCUUCGCCGCGUCGCUCCUCGGCGAGGCCAUCACGGGGCAGGGUAUUCUCUCGCAGCUCAAUCUCGAAACCGGCAUCCCCAUCACGGAAGCCGAGCCGCUCCUCCUCUUCUUCAUCGCGUUCACCGUGCUCGGCGCGAUCGGCGGCCUGGGCGAUCGCGGGCGAUUCGUGGACGACGAGCCGGCGGGGCCGCCCGUGAAGCCUCAGAGCUUCAAGGCGGCGCUUGGGCUAAAAGAGGACGGGCCGCUGUUCGGGUUUACCAAGGCGAACGAGCUGUUCGUGGGGCGCAUGGCGCAGCUCGGUUUCGCCGCGUCGCUGAUUGGCGAGGUGGUGACGGGUCGGGGCGCGCUGGCGCAGUUGAAUAUUGAGACGGGCCUGCCGGUUUGGGAGCUGGAACCGCUGCUGCUCGCGAGCAUCGCGUUCUUCUUCGUCGCGGCUAUUAACCCCGGCACAGGGAAAUUCAUCAACGACGAGGAGUGA